AUGCUUUUAACUGUGCAGUCAUUUGGGUUUUAUAAAUUUAUUUAUUUGUUUAUUCUAUUUUUUUUUCUUUUUUUUUUUGAAAUUUUAUUGGCAUUAAUUACUAUUGCUGAAAUUUUCAGUUUUUUGUGCUUUUUUAAGACAUAUAUUGUCCAACGACAAGAUGAAGCAUUUAAGAUUUCAUAUAUCGAUUAUGUACAUUUAGAAGGACCAGCAGCAGAUGCCGGAUUACGGCCAGGCGAUGUAAUAAUUUCCAUAAAUGGGCUUGUAGUCACCGAUUUAUCGCAUAAUGAAUUGGUGGCAUUAAUUAAAUCAUGUGAAGAAAUGCGAAUGAUAUUGGUUUUCGAGAAUAUCAGACAAAGAAUCGAAUUGGUAGCUCGAAGUAUUCGGCUUAAAAAACUUUUGAAUGAUAAACUUUAUCAGCUAAAUUUGCUCGACAUACAGGAACAAGCAAUUUUACGUCGUGAAUGUUCCAAAAACUGUCAUCCGUACUAUGCUUAUUCUGCUAAAAUUAAUUUUUCCGUGCAGGAGGGUUGUCCGGUUUUAUAUAAACACACAUUCUUUUUUCAGGAGCAUCUGCCAGAAAAAUGGCCAACAAUAUAA